AUCGGUUAGCACAUUCAGUGCCACAACGACAGCAACCAGCGAAGAUCGCACACGUGAAAGCUUUUUCGCCAAUAUAACUGUCUGGUGGCAAAUUUUCGCUAUCAGUCUGUUUGUGAUCAGCACGCUACAUUGUACGAUCGUUGCGAUCCGUUAGUGAGGUUGUUAGAGUGACAAUUGUGUUAACAUUAAGUGUGCGUUUGAAGUGUUUCAGAUUUUGUAGGGCAAUAAGUUUUUUCCAUAACUAAUCAUUCAGCAGCUUUGAGCUUCCUGUAUUACCUGUUCGCUUAUCUACCCUGGCUACGAUGGCAUCGCUAUAUACCAUUGCAUUCAGCCUCGUAAAUGUAGUAACAAAGCUUGUGCCCUACAGUAACGUCAAAUUUUUGUUACCUUUGCCAGAAAUCCAAGCCAACGGUUGGACCUGUUAGUAGAAACUUCCACUACCUACGCCUUGUCACAGUAGAGUGCACCAGCCAAGUACUUUGCGACAAUCUGCCAACAUCUACUAGUUCAUGCUAUGAUCGAGGCAACUGACCUCAACUGUGCGAAUUGCCGGUAAAGCGUGAGGAGCCAUGGGCAGCUGGUUCGGAACCGAACGCGCGUUCGUUUAAUAUCAAUUCUAAACGCGUUUGAAUUGAAUGGUUCGCAAAAUAAAAUAAUAUAACGCACGUGAUGGUGAAUCUUCCGUCAGUUCAUGGUUGAGAGAGGUAUAUAAACAGCGUUCAAGUGUGACACGUUCCGUGCGUGACUGAUCAAUCGUAGUUCGUUAAAAGUGUGAAAAAAUUGUGUCAAACAAGUGAACGCAUACAUACAAAAAAAGGUGUAAAUACUCUUUUUAGUAAAAAAUUUAGCGUUAAUCUUAUUUUUUCAAACUUCAAUCAUCUGUAAAGCAACAACACCUUAAGCAUGUACGGGCCGCUAAUCCAUUUCAUUAAAGCGAUAGAUCGCAUACCGACCCGGUUCAACGUGUCUAUUAUGUUGUUUAUGGCAUGUCUCAUCAGCUAUAUGUUACGAGUAAACAUGUCUGUCAAUAUAUUGGCAAUGGUGCAGCCAAUUCAAAGCAAUAUCAAACAAUCUGCACCCUUGGACCAUAACAACAUAUCUGAUGGAACAACUAAUCAAACAAUGAUCGAAAAUUCAAAAGUCCCAGAUUAUGGUCCACGAUAUAAUUGGAGCUCUCACGAUCAAAGCAUCAUCUUGGGCGCCUAUUUCUACGGUUAUCUGAUAUCGUCGUUGCCGGCCGGUAUUUUUGCGGAACGCUUUGGCGGACGUAAUAUGGUUGGACUGUCGUUGGCAUUUAGCGCACUCCUAACCGCAUUAACUCCCCUAGCCGCUGACAAUGGCAUGUGGGCCACUAUUGCCAAUCGCGUGGCGCUAGGAAUUUUGGGUGGCUUUUUGUAUCCGGCAUUACACAACCUCAUCUCUAAAUGGGCACCCCCAGACGAGAAGGGAAAGUUCGUAUCGGCUCUCAUGGGUGGAACAUUUGGCACGGUUAUCACGUGGCCCCUGGUCGGCGUUCUAAUUGAGACGCUCGGAUGGUCCUUUGCCUUCUACAUUCCAGCAGUAAUCUCUGCCAUCGUAGCAGUCCUGUGGUACAUUAUUGUAGCCGACAGUCCAUCAACCCAUCCUCGCAUAAAAGCGGAAGAGAAAGACUAUAUAGAAAAGUCACUCGGCGACACAAUCUCGAAAUCGAAGCUCUUACCACCAAUUGCAUCACUUGCUACAUCGCCACCAUUUUUGGCCUUGCUAGUGUUGCAUUUUGGCAACCUGUGGGGCUUGUACUUCUUGAUAACUGCAGCACCUAAAUUUAUGAGUGAGGUACUUGGAUUUAAGCUUGCCAAAGCAGGAUUCCUAGCGGCACUACCAUAUCUAGCAAGAUCAUUGGCCGCAUUUUUAUUCGGAACAGUGGGUGAUUUGCUUCGUAAAAAAUCGAUUAUGAGCGUCACUGCAAUACGCAAGUCCUUCUGCUUAUUCUCUCACAUAAUACCCGGCCUGUUUCUCGUUGGGCUAAUCUACAUUGGCUUCGAUCCAUACGUUUGUGUCGCCAUCAUUACACUCUCGCUCGGGUUUAACGGUGCAUCUACGAUGACCAAUCUCCAAAACUCCCAGGACCUGGCGCCCAACUUUGCCGGAACGCUGUACGGUAUCAUUAACUUUGUCGGAACGUCUAGCGGCUUCAUCUCGCCCAUCCUCGUAGCUCACUUUACCGUUCAGCAGAGUACUAUGGAAGAAUGGCAAUAUGUUUUCAUGAUUGGUGCGGCAGCUUACAUCGUUCCUGCGCUCAUAUUUAUCGUCUUUGGUUCAGGACAGGUACAGAAGUGGAACGAACCGAAACAAACGCAAGCGAAUGGAGAGUUCCAACACACCUAAGUUUACGACAAAACCUCCCGAAGCUACAUUCCCACACAACUCUUUCACUUGCCACACUCUUCCCUUUCCUUCUUCUAUCGAAUCUCAGGACAAUUUACUGUCGAUAAAUCGAACCCUACCGUCAUACGGUAACACUCCCAACCAUACUAACAAACGAAAAAAGUAUUAUUAGCUACGAAAGGCAAGCGGUGCUCAUGAAUUAAAUUUAGCUAUAUGACUUAUAUUAGAUUCAUUUAUAUAUGCAUUCAAACCAGUCCCCCGAGUCUUGGUUAUUUGUAUAUUUGUAUCAAACGUAUGUCAGUUAUCUUAUGCGUCGAGACAUAAUAACAUAACAAUACAAAAAAUAGUUCAAAAACUUCGCAUUUUUGCCGUCGUUUGAGAAUCCCGUGAUACUUUUGGUGAAUCCCAUCUUCUUUGUUCCAACCGAACUAAACUGGUUUAACAUGGAAUAAUAGAAUUAGGUCAAUCUAAUAUAUGGAGAAAUUCACUUUCGUACAAAACAAAAUUUAGAAUUUACAAGUAUCUCAUGAUAACAAUAUUUUUUUAUGCAAAUAAAUUGUCCAAUAAAGUAUUUUACAAAAAAAUACUGGGAUAAUUAUUUAUUUAUUUUAUGAAAAUAAUUUACGAUCGUCUGCUGAUUGCGUAACUUGUGUUUAAACAAAGUACAAUAAAAAAUAUUCAAAGUGGCUCAUUUGAGAAAAAAAAAUCUUUAAAAAUGCAAAAUUGCUCUAAAUUAAUAAAAACGAUUUGGAAAUAACAACAGUAGAACAUCCCAUAGAAAAUGUGUAGGCAAAAUAAAAAUGAAAUACCUGUAAGAAUGGUUCCGAGAAAUAAAAA